CCUGAUUGGCUGCUUGUCUGUUGACAGGAACGAAGGGACCGUCUGCUUUGUUGACAUCUAACUUUGGAAAUGGCGUCAAGUUACAGGAAAGCAGCAGCUUCUACGAGCCAAAGGAAAAAGGCCAGCGUCAAAAUAGAGCUGACCGAGGAGCAGAAGCAAGAAGUUAAAGAAGCUUUUGACCUGUUUGACACAGAUGGAAGAGGAGCCAUCGACGUGAAGGAGUUAAAGGUGGCCAUGAGAGCUCUGGGGUUUGAACCAAAGAAAGAAGAAAUCAAGAAGAUGAUUUCAGACCUGGACAAAGAAAACUCUGGAACGAUUGACUUCGACGACUUCCUCAGUAUCAUGACUCAGAAAAUGAGUGAAAAGGACUCCAAAGAAGAAAUCCUGAAGGCUUUCCGGCUGUUCGAUGACGACUGCACGGGAAAAAUCUCCUUCAAGAACCUGAAGAGAGUCGCCAAGGAGCUGGGCGAGAACCUGACGGAUGAAGAGCUGGAGGAGAUGAUCCAGGAGGCGGACCGAGACGGGGACGGAGAAGUCAACGAGCAGGAGUUCCUGAGGAUCAUGAAGAAGACCAACCUUUACUGACGGUCCUAAGGCAUGGCCUCCCUGUAUAUACACGUUCUGUCGCUCGGGUUUUGCACUGAUUUUUGAAUAAAUAGUUUUUCCUGGUA